AUGACCGAGUUGGUGGCCACAGCCGAGCCGCACCAUUUACCUGGGUACACUGGUCACACGCCGGGCCUCAAGUACGUUCUGGGCCGCACGAAGGGACACGCGACUCACCUGCUUCUCGUGGGGAAGGCGCUCACCGUACUGGCGCCCAUCAAGGGACCGCCCUAUCAGGAGAAGCGCCCGACUCAACGUGACAUAGACGUGGUGCAGCACCGCACCUGUGGCAUCAUCAAGUAUAGCCAUCCGAUGAUUCCUGGAUAUGCAGGCCACGUUCCCGGGGAGGCGACCAGCGCGCAGCCCGGCCUGCGCUUCUCUGUCGCGGCCACGGAGUCUCUCUCCGAGAUGUACGAACGCCGGAAGCGGCGGCAGCAGCAGGACACAGAGAAGGACUGUCAGCCUGAGGUCAGCCUGCCGCUGACACCACUGCCGCCAGAACAGCAAAAGCUUCCGUGGCAUUAG